GCUCGACGUUCGAGAGCUAACGCUCGCGACCAUGGCGACUAAAGCGGCGGCGGCGGCGAAGAAGAAUAAAGGGAAGAAGCUCGUGAACCAGGACGAGCUGCGGCGGCUGAUGAGGGAGAGGCAGCAGCGCGACGAGCGGCAGAAGCGCGUCGAGUCUCCGUACGCCAAGUACAACAGCCUGGGACACCUGAGCUGCGUCCUGUGUAACGUCCAGGUGAAGACGGACAUCCUGUGGCAGACUCACGUGCUGGGAAAACAGCACAAAGAUAAAGUCUCAGAGCUCAAAGAGGGGAGUCAGGGCGCGGGGACAGUCCCUCAACCUGUCCCUCAGCCUGCACAGACAUCCACACUGAAGAGGAAAGCUCCACAACCGGAAGUGCAUGAUGGGAAAAAGCCCAAAGCCUCAGGUGCAGUAUUGUCUCAGGCUAAGACUGGUGGGACAAGUGCAGGACUUGGACUUCUCGCUGGACAGUAUGAUGAUGAUGAUGAUGAUGAUAAUUCAGCUCCAAGUGACGUAAAGCAGCCAGGUUCGUCAUCUGACUCACUUCCUGCCGAUUUUUUCGACAGCAGCGUCCCUGGCAUCGCGCCCGCGCCGCCCGUCUCUCACUCGGGAUCCGUCUCCAAACCCGAAGUUGAGAAACCCGCGGAGAGGAAAGACAACACGGCGGAGGCGCUUCCCGAGGGCUUCUUCGACGACCCGGUCCGAGACGCCAAGGUGCGAAACGUGGACACUCCGAAGGACCACCUGGACAAGGAGUGGGAGGAGUUUCAGAAGGAGAUGCGGCAGGUGAGCACCGCCUCGGAGGCCAUCGUAGCUGAGGAAGAUGAGGAAGGCCGCCUCGAGAGGCAGAUCGACGAGAUCGACGAGCAGAUCGAGCGCCUGCGCAGGGUCGAGGUGCUGCACACCAAAAAGGAGGCCAAGGUGAAGAAGACGACGAUGAUGGAGGAAGAGCGGCGUCUCUCAGGGGAUGAUGAGGAUGAUGAUGAUGAUGAUGAGGAGUUGAUGAAUGUGUUGGGAAGAGACUGGAGAGCUAAAGGAGCGCUUGCAUAGUGUCGAGUGAUGGACUGGUGCAGUGCGGGGCUUUUCUAUGUAUCAGUGAUAUCACAGUGAUAGAGCUCAGUGUGUUCUUCUGUUUUCUAAUAAAUGUAAAUUUUGACAUGA